AUGGCAAUGAACUAUGGUUUUAAUUCUCUUUCGUUUCAACAGAAAGCUACAAUUAUGACACAUAGCAAUCACCAUGGUAACAGUAAUGGCAGUCACGACUCUACGAAUAACUCGCCUCGGCAAGCAAUAAUAUCACCAAAUUUACACGAACAGCAUCACCAAAAAUUGCAACCACCACCGCAAAGAAUAGCAUCGCCGCAAACAAAAUCAUUCAACAUUUCUUCCAUGUUAAAUCCCGCUCCUUCGCCACCUCAUCGUCCCUCACCUCAACAACAAAACAACAGUAGCACUGGUUCCUCCCCCCCUACUCUGCAGCUUACACCGAUUGCUAGUUCUCAGUAUUUCACAGUUUCAAGAGAAGUGGGCUCUAAUAACCAUUAUCAAUCUAGAAGAAUUUCACAGACACCGACUACACAACUUUCUUCCCCCCCUCCUCAUUUUCUUCCUUCUUAUUCCGCCUUUCACGGUAUUCCCAACUACUCGAGUUCUUUGACAAUAACAAAUACCACAUCAACUUCGACACCUCCUCCAAAUUCUUCCUACUUAAACAACACCACGAUUGGUAGCACAAACGGUAGUAAUAAUGGCAACAAUCUUAAUAAGAGUAAUAGCAGCAAUAAUUAUCAUCAUUCUCACCAGCCUAUUAAUUUUCCAGCAGUGCAUUUCAAUUCCUCUUCGAAUUCACCAAAUUCACAAAUUUCCUCCUCGAAAUCCUCGUCCCCGGUGACGGCUACAACUCAUUUUUCUGCAAUAACGAGGAAUUCCGUGUCUACUUUGCCUGAAUUCACUCCAUUAAGGCAAACUUCGAAUCACAUCAUCAACAAAAUUGACAUUAACAGUGGAUUUCGGAUUGAAGAAAAGUUGGUGAAAAAUCAAGAGUUAAUUGUCCAACCGGUGCAUCUUUCUCAGCAACCACCACAACUAAAUCCGCAUUCACUUUCAUAUUCACAACAAUCACUUUCAUCACCACCGCCUUCGUCAUCCAUUAUUAAUCAAUCUGUUGUCGCGAAUAAUGAUAACAUUAAUAUUUUGGCUAUUGCAGCUACCGUAGUGCAAAAUAAGAGUUCACAAGAAUUUCAAAUUCAACAACGACAAAAUGAUAAGGAUGAUGUUAAUGUAUCAUUAUCGUCGUCUAAAAUAGACAAGAAACAACAGCAAGAGGAUGAUUCGUCAAAUGCUGUCAUCAGCCCCUCGAAAAAGACAGAGUCGCUAUACUCUAAUGAUUCGUAUAAUAAUAGUAACAAUAACAAUAGGGACAUUAUGGUUCCGCCGAGUACCACGGAAUCAUACGAAUUGAUUUCUCAUAAUUCACCUGCCAUGUCAAAUACUUCUGCAGAUGGCGUUUACGAAUACGAAGAACCAAUUAAAGGGGAGGAAGAAGAAUCAAUGGUAUCAGACAUUGAAGGUGAAAUUAAAGUGAUUACUAACGAAACAAACGAGGAUUCAAAAUCAUCGACAACUACGUCAGACAAUUAUCAAAUUAAUAAUCGUCUCGACAGUUACAUCACUAAAGAAUCUAUAAACAAUCAAGAAGAAAGUUCAUCGGGUGAGAAAGAGUACACGCGUCGUCCUCAAAAAGCUGAAAGUUCACGCCGCAAAAAAAACAAAUUAGCAACACAAAAGAAACCAGCCAAAAAGACUAAUGCACGUGUCUCAUCCAACAAAAAAGGUAUAAAACGUCGCUCUUCAGAAUCGGUGGUUGCCGACUCGGGAGAUGACGAUUACAGCCCAAAAUCUGACAUGAGCCAUCCAAAUAGUAAUAAUACUAUUAAUAAAAAGCCGGCAAAAAGGCAGAAAAAGCAAUCGCGUUCAACUUCUGCACACGUUAGCAAAAUUAAUUCACCUAAUUUAUUGUUGACAAAUAAGGGAUCAACAGCCGAAGAGAUAGGUUUGGAUGAUUUAGUACAGCCAGAUAAUAAGCUGUAUUGUAUCUGUCGAACUUUGUAUGAUGGUCUUCGAUUCAUGAUUUGCUGUGAUAAUUGCUCCGAAUGGUAUCAUGGUGACUGUGUAAAAAUAUCCGAAGAAGAGUCUUUAUUAAUUGAUAAAUACUACUGUCCAAGUUGUACUGCUAAAGGUCAUAAAUCCCAAUGGAUACCCAGAUGCAAAAAUACACCAUGUAAUAAACCAGCACGGGUACCAGAAUCUAAAUACUGUUCACGUGAAUGUGGUUUAGCAUGGGCACGUGCUCGGUUAGCAGAAUCCGAAGAAAAGCGUGCGAAGCUAUUAUUAUACUUGAAGGCCAACGAAAAGAAAACCAAGAAUUCACCAAAAAAUACAAGUAAUAACAAUAAUAUCGCCAACAGCGGCGUGAAAUCCAAAAAAUACACCAGAAACCUGGCAGCUGAACGAGAAGAUUUUGCACAACUAAAACGAAUACACGACGAGCUGGAGAAAAUCAAACGAUCCUUACAAGUUAACCGAAAAAAAGAAAAAAUACUAGACAAAGUCAAAUCGCGGUGGGAAAUCAGCUGCGAAGGGAUUACUGUUGAGAAACAACAACAGUGUGGCUUUGACAAAUAUUUAGUCUGGGGCGAUGAUUUACCAGACGACGAGGAUCGAAUGUGUGAAGCUCCGCCGGAAGAUAAUGGUAAUGUCUGCUUGGAAUUAAAGACCGCUUGUUAUAAGCAUCGUGGGUGGCAAAAGACCAAAACGAUGGAAGUCGAGCAAGAGAAAAUUUUGCAAACCAAUCAAUUAAAUAAACUCGUUGCGGAAGAAAAACAAAUCAGGUUACGUAUAAAACGACGACGAACAGAUUUAGCUUCUGCGCUAAUGAAUGGGACAAUAGAACAUACUAAACAUAAAAAUGCUGCUGAUUCCAAGACAACUGUUAACAAGUCUUAA